AUGGAAAAAACCGAAUAUCGUGCAGUGAUAAAAUUCUUUGUUUUGGAAGGUUUAUCAGCAACAGAAAUUCAUACAAAAAUGGUGAAAGUGUUAAAGGAAUCUGCUCCUUCAUUUCCAACUGUGCAUCGAUGGGUUUUAGACUUUAAACGUGGUCGUACAAGCGUUGAAGAUGAACCACGUAGUGGACGUCCAAAAAGUGCAACAACACCAGAAAUCAUUGAGCAAGUCUAUGAUAUUGUUUGUAAAGAUCCAAGUUUAACUAAGCGUGAAAUUGCUGAUACCAUAGGCAUCUCAGAUGAACGAGUACUCCAUAUUUUACACGAAGAAUUACAUAUGAAAAAGCUGCUCGGAAAGUUAGUGCCGCAUUCGUUAACAAUUCAACAAAAACUGAAUCGAAAACAAAUUUCUCACCGUAAUUUGGAGCGUUUUAAGCAGAAUAAAACCGAUUUUGUGCGUCGUUUUAUAACUAUGGAUGAGACUUGGAUCUACCAUCAUGAUCCUAAACUGAAACAAGAACGUUUACAGUGGAUUGAAGCUGGUUCUUCAGCUCCAAAACAGAAACCAUUGUCAGAUAUAUAUGAUUAUUAUGAAAGUAACCCAUUAGAAUUUUUUACUGGCUUGCCUAAAACAUCAUCUGUUCCUGCAAAAAAGAAACAAAAAACGUCGAAUGAAAUUUGUUUAAACAUUGAUACAUUGAAAAUAUUUAUAAAAUUCUUAACAAUGGAUUGGGAGUUUUAUGGCUACACAAUGUUAAAUAUAACUCCUAAUGAUCGUUUAUGUGACGAUACAUUUAACAUAGAAUCAAAAGCAGGAAGCGGUUUAACUUCAAUAGUUUAUGUUUUAAACCAAAAUAAUGCAAAUGUCAAUAAUGAUACGAAGCGCUAUGUAAUAAAAAUCUCGACAAACGAUGAAUAUUCAGAUUAUUUUAAAAAUGAAGUUAAAAUGUUAGAACCAUUGAAACAAUCACAGGAUUCGAUUAAUUUCAAAAAAUAUUUUGAAAAUAUUUUUGCAUCAUCGCCUACAGGUAAUUUUAUAAUAUUUGAAAAUUACUUGACACGUUUGACAUCAUUAACAUUAAUUCAGUCACAACAACUUAUUAAUAUCAUUGAAUAUUUAUAUAAUUGUUGUAUUAUUCAUCGUGAUUUACGUCCAGAUAAUUUGAUGUUAGAUUAUAGUGAACAACAUUUAAAAUUAAUUGAUUUUGGUUUUGCUACAACUUAUAAAAUCGAUGAAAUGCCAAAGUCAAUGCCUAUUGAAGGAGCAAUUUCAUAUGCUGGCUUAAAAUUUUUAGAUUAUUAUUUCGGAUUACUAUCGAAUUGUUCAGAUAAUUUCUUGUAUAAUUAUGAACGAACGUUUGAUCUACAAUGUGCAAUAAAUAUCAUGAUGUAUAUGUCAGAUGAUAAUAUUAAAGAUAGAAUGAUAUCAAUUAAAAAAGAGUUGUCUGUUAAAGCACGAGUAUUAAGAUUACAUCAUGUAUGGCGUGAUAUGAAACAUAGCAAUGAUAAUUAUUCUGAAUUAUUAAAGUUAAUUAAUUCUUUAACAGAACCACCAAAUUUUGAUGCCAUCAAACGUGAAAUAGGAAAACGUCUAGUAUUUAAAAAUUAA